AUGUCUUCUCCCCUUUGUUUGCUAGCAUUGUCACUUGCUUUGGUGCUUUUCACCAAUCCCUCUCUAGCUGACUUCCCCAAGCCACCCUCCCAUGGCCAGAAACCCCCUGAACCAAUCGGGAAACCACCCAAGGGUGAGAAACCACCUCCGGAGCACAAGCCACCAUUUAAGCCCAUCGGCAAACCACCCAAGGGUGAGAAGCCACCCACCGAGCCCAUCGGUAAACCACCCAAGGGUGAGAAGCCACCCACCGAGCCCAUUGGCAAACCACCCAAGGGCGAGAAGCCACCGCCAAAGCACAUCGGCAAGCCACCCAAGGGCGAGAUGAAGCUGCAAUAUUCUGAGCACAUUGACGGACCAACCAAGGGCAAGGUUGAGAAGCCACCAACUGAGCCCAUUGGUAAACCACCCAAGGGCAAGGGUGAGAAACCGCCUGUGGAGCACAAGCCUCCUAAGGGAGAGAAGCCACCAACUCACGGCGGCCACCCUCCGCCGCACAAGGUGGCACCGGAAACUCCAGGAAAGAAGCCAUUUGGUCCCCACAAGCCACCCCACAAACCUCCAUUUUCACCUCCUCAUUCCAACUGA